AUGGCUAGCGAUGAGUUUACAUACGAGCAUGUGUUCGAUAUGCUAAAACGUGAUAUGCACGCGACAAGCCAAGAAAUUAAUUAUUUAAAAACUCUGUUUAAACUUAUACCACAGGAACGACUUUUGAAAACAGACGACCAAAAUUUUCUUCUUCCGUCUAUGAUUAUCGAUGACUUUCUCUAUCAUGGAGAUUACGAGCAUGCAAGAAACACAAAGUUAUUAACUAAUUGCGGUAUUCGACAUAUUAUUAGUAUAUGCGAUUUUCCGUUGGGAAAAGACAUGUUUGACACUUAUAAUAUCUUAUGGAUCAAUGCAAAAGAUUCGCCUGAUUACAAUAUUCGUAAAUAUUUUGAUCAAACAAAUGAUUUUUUACAUGCAUGCAAGAAUAAGAACGAACGAGUUCUGGUUCAUUGUCAAAUGGGCAUCUCACGUUCUUCAUCAAUUGUUCUCGGUUAUCUGAUGAAGUAUCAUUAUCAUACUGUUCAUAAAGCAUAUGCUUACCUAGUUGCACGACGACAUAUUGCUCUACCGAAUGAUGGCUUUUUUAUACAACUAAUUCGUUACGAAAACGAUUUGCAAAAGACCAAAAGUAGUGAAACGAAACAAAAUUCUACUAAAUCAAAAGCAAACAAGUAA